GAAUGUGCUUCAGGAGCUGGUGACAGUGCAGCUAAGGUGGAUAACAGUACCAUGGAUUCUGAAGACACUGGAAUCUACAGAUAUAUCAAAGAUGAUCUGUUCACAUCAGAGAUUUACAAAGUAGAGAUACAGAACUUACCGAAGUACAUAGGCUUUAACGACAUCAAGAAAUUCCUUGCCAAGUAUGGAUUAAAUCCUCAUAAAAUAAAGCUCAUUCAGAAACAAACUUUUGCAUUCGUGAUUUUUAAAAGUGAAGAGGAAAGGGAUAAAGCCAUGAAAGUUAUACAUGGAGCAAUGUGGAAAAACCGAGCCCUAAGUGUCCGGCUUGCAAAACCAAAGGCGGAUCCCAUAAUGAAGAAGAGAAAACAGGAAGAAGAUGACAAGGAGCAGCCUAAUUCUAAGCGUCCUGCUGCACAGGAGAGUGCCGAGGAGGAGCCUCUCAGUAAGCAGAUUGCAGAUGUGGUGACUCCUUUAUGGCAGGUUCCAUAUGAAGAGCAACUGAAAAUGAAGGAACAGGAAUGUGAACAAGUCCUCCAAAGGCUAACAAAGGAGAUUGGGAAUACCAACAAGGCCUUAUUACCAUGGCUGUUUGCACAGAAGCAGAAGUAUAACAAAGUUUGCUGUCCUUUAGAAGGAGUGAAACCUUCUCCAGCACAGUCAGAAUACCGAAACAAAAGUGAAUUUCUGAUCGGCAUUGGUGCAAAUCAGGAAGAUAAAACGGUGGGCUUCCGUCUAGGAAAGUAUAAGGGUGGAACUUGUGCCGUUGUGGAGCCAUUUGAUACAGUUCACAUACCUUCGGCUGUGAAGAAAGUUGUAAAGGCUUUUCAAGAAUAUAUCAGGACUACAUCAUAUGGAGUCUACAGCCCAGAGACAUAUGCAGGCCACUGGAAACAGCUGACUGUCCGUAGCAGUAGGAAGGACAAUGUCAUGGUCAUUGUAUACUUUCAUCCUCAGAAACUAAGCAAGGAAGCCCUGGCAGAUUUAAAAUCCUCUCUGGCAGCCUUUUUCUCAGAGGGACCUGGAAAAGAAAGCGGCAUCACCUCCAUUUAUUUUGUCGAGGAAGGUCAAAGAAAAUCCCCGAACCUGGAGGACUUGCCUGUGGAGCACGUGAGUGGGGAGAAGUACAUCCACGAGGAACUGCUGGGUCUUACUUUCCGCAUUUCACCUCAUGCCUUCUUUCAGGUUAACACCCUCGCAGCAGAGGUUUUGUAUUCAACAAUUGCAGACUGGGCUCAGCUGGACCAGAACAGCACUGUGUUGGAUGUUUGCUGCGGCACAGGAACCAUUGGCCUCUCCCUGGCUAAGAGAGUGAAGAAAGUUAUAGGAAUUGAGCUGUGUCAGGAAGCUAUUGCAGAUGCCAAGGCUAACGCCCAGUUAAACAACCUGAGCAAUGUUGAAUUCCGAUGUGGCAAAGCAGAGGACAUCUUCCCUAGUUUGAUUAACACCCUCAUAUCUCAUAACCCUGUUGCUAUAGUUGACCCGCCAAGAGCAGGACUUCAUUCCAAGGUAAUUAUUGCAAUUAGAAGAGCAGAACAUCUCAAACAGCUGAUCUAUGUGUCUUGCAAUCCUAAGGCUGCCUUUAACAACUUUAUAGAUCUAUGCCGUGCUCCUUCAAAUCGUGUAAAGGGUCGUGCUUUCCGGCCUGUCAGAGCCGUUGCUGUGGACCUCUUUCCUCAAACACCACAUUGUGAACUUCUUAUUUUGUUUGAGAGAGUGGAGUAUACAGAGAAUACUGUGGAUUCCACCAAAACACAACCUUGUGAAGACAUGGAGCUUCAGAAAGACAACAGUAUAGAAGCCGAAAACAGAACCGAAGCAAAGCCGCUAGUUUAACUGGAUGAUUUCUUUCUGCUAAACUGUCCUAAACAUUUGUUGUUGAAUUCCAUAUAUGUAAAUGAAAGUAUUUCAUUUCCAAUGCUAAUGUCCCUAGAAAAAGGACCUCCUCACUGU